CGCGAUGAGUGAGAUCCGUCAGGUGUACGCUGUGCGGACAUGUUCAUAGUAAUUACCCCAUUGUGGCUUGCCGGGGGCUGCUUUGUGUACUGUACAUGUGCUACUUAUAUUUACACAAGGCUCCUAGGUACAGCGGGGACAAUCAAGACAUGGGACGACAUUGAGGAACACAUCGAGCGCGCGUACCUGACCGUGGUACGCUGUACUAUACGACCGCCUGCGACCGCUCGUAGAUUUUUGUCACACGCGCAAAAGCAACCAGUCUCAUGGAGUUCCUAUCAUGAUGCAUGAUUGGCAUGAAGAUCGGAGUCGUUACGCGUUACAUCUUAAGCUUCAGUCAAGCUGGCCGCCUGACUACAUACUGUCGCGAAUGGCGGAAGGCACAUAGAACGGUGUGAAGAAGUUCCAUGUUUGUCCUGG